AUGGAUCUUCGACCACGCAAUCUAUGGCCUUUGGCAAAAAUCGUCGAACUUAAUGGCUCGGCUAAUGAAAUUCGCAGCGUCAAUCUUUUAACUGGAGAUGGGAAGAUCAUCACUCGACCAGUCAGCCGACUAUGUCCAUUGGAAACUGAAAUCGACGAUCAUAUAGCGACAAACACCAUAGCAAUUCAAGAAGAAACGCCUAAAGAACCAUCAAAGACAAUCCGUCAACAUCAAAUGACUCUUAGACCACGCAAAUCAGUCGUCAAUACAACAACACUGGUGGCUAUUAUCGUCUUACUCGCCAACAUCCUAGCAUUUGUAACCACAACACCUUGGUAUCGAUGCGGCCAAUACGACUAUUCUUGCCUUCUCAGCUUAUCGACCAUUGCGUCAGCACUCGCGCUCUAUGAGUUCAAGUGCGACAAUUGCCAACUCCAAUGCUCGGCUAAAGGAGUUAUCGUCAAAGCACCGCCUGAUGUUCAAAAAACAGCAGUUUGUUGUAUGAAGAAUUGCAUCGACCACACCGACAUGAAAGAAUACACAUACGAACUCGCCGCCGAAAUCCUUAUUAGCGACUAUGAAUGCGAAGCCUGGUUCUGGCAGAACUCACACAACAGCAUAACAAAGAAGAUCAAUUGCCCGGCCGUAAAUGAAUGUGACCUAUUCGACUGCUACUUUUGCUUCGAACAACUGGCUAAUCCGACUUGCAACCCGAAAUGGUCAACAUUCCUAUUUCUGUUAGGAAUUUUCGCCUUCAGCAGUUUGGUUGGAUGUUUCAUCACAAUCUUCAGUUCUAUCCGUGUUAUCGUCAAUCUAUUCGUCAACGGCUCAACGACAAUACUAAAAGCUUUAACGUUUCCCUUCCUUGGAAACGACAAAUCAAUUACGCCGAAAAGAAGAUGUACACGAGACUCAGAAAUAUUCAUCACACAAGCCAUCAAUUCAGAAGAAGAGUGUCAAACAUCAUUUUAA